UAAGAAACGCCGAGAGGGAGGGGACGCAGCGUAAUAUUCCCACCGUUUUUUCUCCUCCGUAUAGAGCCGAAAAAACAAGGGCAUCCAUCGGUCUCCUAAUCUUCCUCACUCCUCAUCACCGAGUCUAACGUCAGACCGAAACACACAGACACAAACACAUACCCUGUGAAUUCCUUAGCUGCUGUGUAAAGCCUCUGUGUGUCCUCUCCUCUACCUGGAGGUCUGUUUCCAGCCUGCUGCGGGGGGAUCGCCGAGCCGAGCGGCAGGGGCGUGAGAGGCGGAUGCUGCGAGCGUAGAGGCUGGGUACCAACCAGGAGCAUCACCGCAACUCACCACGAUGGACAGAAUGAAUUUUCUCUCCUUCUUCCUCCUUUGCUUGACUUCGGUUGCCAAUGGCAACAAAGCCAAUAAGCACAAGCCAUGGAUCGAGACAGAGUACCAGGGGAUUGUCAUGGAGAACGACAACACCGUGCUGCUCAACCCCCCUCUCUUUGCCCUGGACAAAGAUGCUCCACUACACUACGCUGGCGAAAUCUGUGGCUUCCGGGUUCAUAACGGCCCCUCAGGUUCAGGCUCAGUCCAGUUCGAGGCGGUGGUUCUGGACCGCUCCACUGGCGAGGGCCUGGUUCGGUCCAAGGAGCCGCUUGACUGUGAGAGUCAGCGGGAGCACAGCUUCACCAUCCAGGCCUAUGACUGCGGAGAGGGACCUGAUGGAGUCAACAGCAAGAAAUCCCACAAGGCCACCGUGCAUGUUCGUGUAAACGACGUCAACGAGUUCUCCCCCGUGUUUGUUGAGCGUCGCUACGAGGCUUCAGUCCCAGAAGGACGUCUGUUUGACCGAAUCGUGCGCGUGGAGGCUCUGGAUGCCGACUGCUCCCCGCAGUACAGCCAGAUCUGCUUCUAUGACAUCAUCACUCCUAAUGUGCCCUUCGCUAUCGACAACGAUGGUAACAUUAAGAACACAGAGCCAUUGGACUCGAAGCGCGAGCGUGUUCACACCUUCUGGGUGACUGCCUUCGACUGUGGAAAGAACCGCGCUCAGGCUGAUGCCCAGGUUGUCGUCACAGUCAAGCCGUCCUGCAAACCCGGCUGGAUCGGAUGGACCAAGCGUGUAGAGUACACACCAGGGUCAGGCAGCAUCCCACUGUUCCCCAGCCUGCACCUGGAGACCUGCGAGGAAACUGUGUGGAACAUCCAGGCCACCGUAGAGCUCCAGACCGGCCACAUCGGGAAGGGCUGUGACAGAGACAGCUACUCUGACAGAUCUGUGCGACGGCUGUGUGGUGCUGUCAGGGGCGAAGUUGACCUCCUCCCGCCUCCAUCUCCUGCUGCCAACUGGACCUCAGCUCUGCCCACUCUCCCCUCCUCUGAUUCAUCUUUGGUCUUCUCCUUUAAUGGAUCGAACCACGUCGCCGUGGUGCCAGAUUCGGUUGUCACAGCAUUGUCCGGCGACCACUUCACUUUGCAGCUGUGGAUGCGAAGGGGCGGUGCCAACAUCCAGCCUGCGACCACUCAGACCAGAGGAAGUCGCAAGGAGGAGGAGACAAUUGUGUGCAGCACUGUCAAGAAUGAUGAUUCCUUCUCCCACUAUUCCCUCUCCGUCCAUGGCUGCCGCCUCUCUCUCUUCUACUGGCCCGACGUCUCAGCCGCACGGCCCGUCAAGUUCUUGUGGAAACUGGAGCAGGUGUGUGACAGCGAGUGGCAUCAUCUUUCCCUCAGUGUCCAGUUUCCCUCGGUAACCCUGUAUGUCGAUGGUGUGACCUUCGACCCCGCCCUCAUCCACGACAAUGGAGCCAUCCCCAACCCCGCCCCCCGCCAGAAGAUGCUCAUCGGAGCAUGCUGGGAGCCUGAAGAGAAGCAGAAGGAGAUACUAAACAACACCAUCCCAGAGGGUAAAGACUCAGUAAAGUAUGUGGGCGGUUAUCAUGGCCUGUUGUCGGGGGUGACGGUGCGUCCCGGCAGUGUGGAGCCUCACAGUGUGGUGGAGUGUCUGUACGCCUGCAGGGAGGGCCUGGACUUCGGAGACCUUGAGACUCUGGGCUCAGGCAUGAAGGUUCAUGUGAACCCCAGUCAGUCAGUGUUGGUGCUGGAGGGAGACGACAUCGAGAGCUUUAACCGCGCAGUGCAGCAGGUCACCUACAGGAACUCUCUACGCUUUGCCACCCCUGGAGUCCGACCUCUCAAACUCACCACCUCGCUCAGAUGUUUCAACGAGGAGAGCUGCCUGUCCCUGAAACAGCUGGAAGGAUACCUGGUGGUUCUGCAACCUGACGCCCCUCAGAUUUCUCUGUCUGGGGUCGGCCCUCAUCUGGCUCGUCCUGCCCCUGAGUUUGAGGGUCCCCGUGGCGUCCCCCUUUUCCCCGAGCUCCGGAUCGUCUGUUCAUUGUCUCAUGCUGUCAACACGGCUGCACAGGGGAUGGAGGGUGGAGCUCUGAUGUCCGACGCCGUGGCUCACACUUUGGAUGGCUGUGAGGUCCAGCCGCUGGGGGAGGAGCUAAACCCAGAGAGGGAGGAGCUUCUGGUUGACAUGGAUGUUGUGCGAGAGAGGGGACUGGAAAUCAUCAAUACUACUGCUUAUAUUGCCAUCACAGGUGCCGAAUCCAUCUCUGUGUAUGAGGACGUCCUACGCUCGGUGCGCUACCGACUGGCCAAAGGCUCAGCCCGCUUCGAGAGGCGGUUCCGCCUGUCCUGCUCUGAGAUGAAUGGCAGAUACACCAGCAAUGAGUUGACUCUGGAGGUGAACUUCCUCCACUCUCUGGACAGCCUGUACCACCCGUCCCACCUGCUGGCCUCCCAGCAGCAGUUCCUCCAUCCAUCCCACCACGCUGGAGAGCUGAGUGGACACACCCUGCCCAAUCCACAUCGCAACUCAGUGGUGCCAGGAGCAGCCACCGUCAUCAUAAUGGUGUGUGUAGGUUUCCUGGUUGUCAUGGUGAUUCUUGGUGUUUUCCGAAUUCGCUCCAUCCAUCGCCGUGGUGAGGGUGCCAGGGGCGGGGCCAAGGAGGGUAGCAGCCAAUGGGACGACUCUGCCCUCACCAUCAUCGUCAACCCCAUGGAGUCCUACGAGUCUCGUAUGGGCAUCUCUGCUGACACGGAGGGGGAGGGGGAGGAGGACGAGGAGGUAGCAGAGUCGCCCGACGACGCCAGUGACGACCAGCGAAUCAUCAUCAAGAAGGAGGGGAGGGACGGCAAUGCCCGCCGCUACUGAGCCACGCGUGUCUCUGCACCAGUUCUCAUGGAAACCACAAACCGGCUCACCAGUCACACACUCCAACACUUUUAAUAUCAACGACUGCUGACACUACUAGUAUAAGGAAUGUAUGCUUACAAACACGAUGCACAACACAGUCACUGUAAUACUCUUGACACUCAACGCCAUAUGUGACCUAUAACCAACAACGGGCAGUUGUUCUCCACCUAAAUGUUCAAUGGCACAAUGUAUACAUUUAAUGUAAUUUAACCGCCUGAGCAAACCCCACCAAAAUUGUAUGUGGUGCACCAGUUCUAAAUCACAAGAUGGUAAUGUGUCUGUAUAAUGUAAUACUGGUUGAAUGAGACUGCUUUUGUUUAAAAAAAAAAAAAAAAAAAAGAAGAUUGUAUUCUAUCUUUUGUUAUUGAACACAGAAUGAAAAAUUUACUGGAACAAUCCGCAACAUGCAGGCCUUGAAUAGAUCUGUAGGCAAAGACACACAAGCCUUGACCCCGACAU